UCUUACUUACAUCACCUUCUCCAAAAAGGCAUAUAUAUAUAUCACAGCCACCCUAGCAUGAAGUGAUCUCCCCAUAUCUCCGAAUACUUCCGCCUCCAACACAACGACCCAAGCCGCAAAAUACCCAUGAGUUCAGCUCCUUUGCCCGUGACUCUUUCACAAUAUGGGCAGUCGGUAACUCGGCCGCCCCCACCGCCACAUUCGUCUUAUUAUUCUUCUCCCCCAUCGGCCCUUCCAUUAAUGUCACACCAUCAGAUUGCGGCAGCAACCGAAAUGCUCGAUCCACUGCUGCGACACUACAUGACGUCAUUGGCUAGUUCCGAUCCGGUGGUCAAAGUACCGGUGGGGAAAGACGAGGAGGAAAGAAGGGCAGAGGGGCUCAGGCAAAAAGUCUGGAUCAAGGAGAUGCGAGGCUGGCUCAUGAUCCUCGCCACCCUCGCCGCCUCCGUAACAUACACCGCCGGGCUAAACCCUCCCGGUGGCUUUUGGCAGGACGACUCAAAGCCAUCUCCGGAUAGCGGCAGUCAGGCGCACACUGCUGGGAAUCCGGUGUUGGCCGACAAAAGUCCGACUCGAUACACGUUGUUCUUUGUGUCCAACACCAUGGCUUUCGGGUGGUCGAUAGCCAUCAUCGUGCUGCUCUUGAAUCCGAGCAUCUUCCAUGCUGAGCAGAGGCUGGUUUGGCUCCAGGGUUUGGUGCUUCUAGACAUGCUCACCUUAGCGGUGGCUUUUGUGGUAGGCAGCGCUCCGUUCUCAGGAGGCACCGCCUUAAUCGUGGCUGCGGUUUUUUCGCCCUUCUUGUAUCUUAUUCUUAUGGCCCGGGCAUUCCCGAAUAAACAGCUGGCGGGGCAAACGUCCAGCCAGGAAAGGGAUGUUGAGUUACGAGCAAUGGGGCAACAAACUUCCCCAGGUCGUUAGGAGGUAAUUUCGCUUAGGACCCGCUUGGUUUGUGGGAUGAUGUUGUUGGAGUAAGGGGAGAGGAAAGAUGGAAAGUUUGCAAAUAAGAAUGGCUUUAAGAAAUAUGCGAUAAGUCUUUAGGAUAUAAUGAAGCCCCAAUG